AUGGAACCGCCUCCUCAGCGACGGACUGGACUUCGGUCACCAGUCCCUCCUGCCUCGUCUGUUUCCCCUAACCCGUCACGGGCGGACUCGAAGCAGAGCAAUCGACCUAGCUCGAGCGGCAGCGACACCUCUGGCUCUUCACGCCUCUCAGUCGUCAAGAGAUCUCCUUACAACCAACAUUUACCUACGUUUGCUUCGCACAACAAUACAAGCAAUGCCUCGCUCCUGUCUCAUAACCGGCCGUCUGCACAUUACAUGCCUCGUGACGGCAGCGCAAAACAUAAUCUAGGCCCUCCGCCCGAACUGCAAAAGCACCGUCCACGACAGCACUCACAGGGCUACUUCGAACCGUCGAUGCCUUCUGCCUCCCUGGCAAGCCAAUCUCAGCUUCACGAUCAUAUCGGGAUGCCUGCGCUCAACCCUUCUCAAAUUGCGGCUCAGGCUGCGAUGCAACACCUGAAUGCCACAAACCAUUCCCGCAAGAGAUCGCAGACAGUGCCAUUCCCACAAGAGCAGAGCCAACAGGAAAGUCGGCGUAAUAGUAGAGGGUCGGCAGGCUCUCAUGAGGGCCAAUCCCCAACCCCAGCUGCGGAACAACAGUAUCGCAACGGAUUGAUCGGCACCAAUGCGGCGGCGACAGCAGCUAGCGUCGUAUUCCCAAGGAAUUUCGCAUCGACUAGCCAAGUGUCUUUGGUGGAAGAAGAGAAGUCGAAGAAGGGUUUGAAGAGGUUUAGACCGAAGCAUAUUGUGCUGUCAAGAGACAAGGACAAGGAGGCUAAAGAGAAGCCAUUGCCGUCGCCAAACCGAUUGGCACCAAGUGGGUUGUCGAAGGUUAUGAAUGCCUCGACCACAAGCCUGGCUGAGUCACUGUCUUCCAACUCCUCCUCCCUGUAUCAGCUUGCCAACCCAUCAUCGUCGACUAUUGUGCCUUUCCCGGAGCAAAGGGAGCAGAAAGACAAGGCCCACAAGCACCAUGGUCUGCGCCAGAAACUGAAACUCAAGGACAAAGACGAGACCUUUGCCCUUCCACUCUCUUCUGCCAACUCAAAUUCCCGUCCAGUGGACAUCAACAACCCGCAAUCCCUUUAUUCCUUUGCUCCCCCGUCUCCUAAUCCGUCGUCCAACUUUGCCAAAUCGGUCUCGGGGCUUGACCUUCGCCAUGGAGGCCGUGCUCUUCGGGAAAAGAAGAAGGAAGAAAAAGCCCAGGCUGCAUUUGCCAACCUCGAACCUGUCUAUAGCCGAGGAGAAAGCGACACCUCCGAAUGGCCGUCCCUCGGGACCAGCUUUACCAAUCAGUCGGUCAGCAAUUUCAACACAUACAGCGAGAUCAAAGAAGCAGGGGCAAACUUUGGUCUCUCCAACAUGUCCGCAGAUGACGCUUGGGAUCUUCUGAGGGCAAAAAUAUUGGUGACAUUCGAAGGAGAAGAUGUACGAAUAGCCGUUGAAGACUUGAACAAACUCGUCACAAUUCAUGUGCAGAGAUGCGUGCAAAGAAAAGAUCCCAGCAUUGUGAUUGGAGAUCUGGAAGACCUCUUGAAGACUGGCUUUCUCAGCCUCAACCAUACCCUGCGCAAUGUCGCCGAUAACAGCCUGGUACCCCGGCUGGUGGGUAUAUGGAUGGAGGUGUUUGGCAAAAUCCUCCCAUUCAUGCAAGCUGUCUUCCUUCCUCUUGAUCAAGAAUUCAAGGGAAGAGGCAGUAUACUAACUACCCCCAAGAUGGCCGCAGAAUUCUGGGGAGCUUUACCAAGCCAUGAGAGUGGGAGCAAGCUGUCAUCGUCACCGGCAUCCGGUGAGGGCGCAGACUUUGUGGUAGCUGCUGGAGAGGAGCUGGAGGUCAGACGCAUUCUCCUCAUCAGCUACCGGGACACCAUCGUACUACCACGCUAUGAGGUGCUCAAGUCGACCUUCUCUCGACUGAGUCUAGACAGCAUCAACGCUUCGAUCAUGCAAUUUGAGAACGGCAAUAGAAAUCGCGGCAACAGCGGCGGAAGUGACAGACCGGGAACUGCACAAGGCACUGAGCCGACGUAUGGAAGCUACAACUCUCAGAGCAGCACAUUGCUAGGCAGUAUGACUUCCGGCGGCAGGUCUCGCGCAACGUCUAAUCUGUCUGUGGUGAGCAAUCCUGCACAGGACGUGGCCUUCCAAUCAUUUAGUUCUCCACCAGCAGCAAGGCCGACUGAUAGUUCAUCAUCGCACGUCACAGAGACUGUGGGCCGAAUGCUCCAGUGUUUAUCGGUCUUGUGUUCGAUCCAGUCAGGAGAUGAAGCUCAGAACAAGAUGGAAGAACUCAACAAGCAACUAAAACUGAAUUGGCUAGGUCGGGGCCGCACUGGCAGGAAUCGAAAGGGCUUUGUAGGGAGCAGAGUCCGACCCAUGGGUCGUGGACUCGACCGCGAAGGGAGUCCUACACCGACACCCACCCGACAAGGAACGGUGAGCAGGCAGAGCGAUGAUACUGGCUGA